AUUCAUGAUGUUCAAAAUGGUACAUACGACAUCAGCAGCGAGCAGCAUCUGUUCAGAACCUUGUUUUCACAUUUAACAGCAUAUGAAGUCAAACCAUGGCAGCUAUACUUGACAGGAACAGCUGCGAAUCUCCUCUCGCGUAUCCUCCUGCAGAAACAGCUGUUAUACUACUCGACUAUCACGGCUACACGAUCCAACUAUGCGGCCAGAAGGGUAUCAAGACAGUGUCCAAGGCGCAGAUGAUUCGGGAAUGGGCUCUUGAGCGUGGCAUCACAGUCUUGCACUCGCUUAUCGAUAUCAACAGCAAACCUCCUCCUCAAUGCAAGAACACAGUGCUGAUCAUGGGCAGACUCGACAGUAUCAGAAAUGACGCUGUCGCACUCUCAGAGCCUCCUGAGCUAGUCUCAUCGCAGAAGGCAGGGCCUGUUGAGUACGUAGUCCUCAAGACUGCAGGCGUCGUGUCUGGCCUGAAGUCCGAGGGCGCAAUGGACAUAUUGCGAGACAAAGGAAUCAAGAGUCUAGUUGUGCUUGGGCUGGCGACGUCUGGUGCUGUUCUGCGGACGGCUAUUGCUGCUUCUGACGAGGGUUUCGUGACGACUGUCAUCGAGGAUGCGUGCUGGGAUCCAAGGGACGGCGUACAUGCCUUCCUGAUGGAGCAAAUCCUGCCAUCGCGCGCACAUGUGGUGAGGGCGGACGAGCUCCUUGGUUCUUGGAACAAAGCUUGAGCCAAAGGGGGCGUACAGGGUCGGAAGAAAGGAUGUCGAUGAAGAUAGAAAGAUGAGGGUACGGCAACGUACAUAAAGGAUCGGCCUCGGCACAGUUAGCGAGACGCAUGAAUGGACGAAUGAAUGCUUGCAGGGACCCCUGACAUAAACCCUAUUUUAUUCCCGCAUCGAGACAUGUCCUAAUGAUG